AUGCGUAGAAACAAAUUUGGUUUUGAACUGGGAGAAAUGCCAUUUUAUGGUAGAAGAAGGAAUAGUGUUGGGUCACAAGAUAUCGAAGGUAGGAUUGGAAGUGGAUCAAGCAAUGACGCAAUUGCCAAGUUACCAACACCAGUAAAUGUGAAAAAACUUAGGAGUUUUCUGGGACAUGCGGGGAUCUAUCGAAGAUUCAUCCACAACUUUUCUCAAAUCGCAAGACCCCUAAGUGCGCUCCUCGAGAUUGAUCGCAAAUAUGAAUUUAAUGAUGCAUACGCUGAAGCGUUCCACACGCUGAGAAAUGCACUUAUCACCGUACCAAUUCUGGUUACGCCCGACUGGACGCAACCAUUUGCACUGAUGUGCGACGAAGUGGAUAUGCAGUGGGCGCAAUCUUAA